GUGAGCGAAAAGCCGCGCCGCCCGUGGCCUCCCGCUGUUUUGUGCCUGUGCUCUGUGCCUCGGCUGAGCUCUGCACGGCGCAUUGCGUGUAUAGGUGCACAUUAUCAUUUAUACGUGAUCCAUCAUAUCCACUCGCGAUGCCGCGGCCGUCGUAUAGUUAGUUGUCUCCUCAUACCGCCUUGCUAAGAAGCAGAUCACUUGUGCCCAACCUGCUACCUCACUCUCUUGCCUGCUCGUCCCUCCCGUUCUCAGCAUUCAACGUCGAAUCCCGUGCCUCCAGUCCCCGUACGCCUCGGCGCGCGCUGAGCAACGUCAAUCCGGCAGAUGACGUGAAGUUCGCCCGCGCCCCAGUGUCCAAGUGCACUAUAAAAUUCACAAGAGAGAGAAAAGAUCCAGAAUGCCGGCCGACCGAUUGCUGGCCACGGCCCUGCGGGCCUACCAAGAUGCUCCCAACCCGGCCGAGACCGACAAGAUCCUCGCGACGACUACUACGCUCCUAACCAACCUCAACAAUCCCCUCAACCUCUCGCUUCUCACGUCGCACUUCCUCACUGCGCGUGCGAUAUGGCAGUCCCCAGACGGUCUACGCACCUGUCUGCGUAUCAUGAGCAUAUACAACACCGCCGCGAUCCACGUGCGGAAGAACGAGCUGGACAACGUGAACCUGUCUUGGGGGCAGACCCCGACCGGCAGCGGCGUCCGCAGUGCUGACUGGGUGCAUGCCAUUGCCAAGGGUACCGAUGACAGAUCCAGUCGAUGGCAGCACGUGUUGGUGUUAACCGGUAUCUUGAUGGGCAUGGAAGGCGAUGACAAGCGAUCGUUAUCCCGCAGUUUACGGUCCACUCUCGAGAACGCCGUCGUCACCGCCGCAAAUCUCGCGCUCGGAGAUCACGUGCAGACGAAUAUCCUAGGCCGCGAUGCCGUCGUCUUAGCACUGACCUACGCGUUCCCCCUCUUGUCGGAAUCCGUCAGGCUGAAGGUCAACGGCGACGCCCUCCUCCCGGCUGCCAUUGGCGCCAUGCUCGGCGCCGAGGGCUUCCAGGAGGGAGAUUUCAUCCCACCUAUCGCUAGGGACGUUACGAGGUGGCAGAAGCUCCAAUGGAAUCCCAACUCACCGUCCGCCGUCAGGCUCCAGAGGCUCGAAUCUCGGCCUCUGGCACAGAACAUGGGCCCUCUAUCACGGCUCGCGUCGUUUGCUGUCCAGCAUGCUGCGGACACCAGAAUCGUCCUCCAGGCCCAAGACGAUCUGCUUGCUUUCACGCGGGCACUUCUGGAGAAGUGGUCUCGUUGCCAACUUUCCACCGUUGACCUCUCCGUCGAGGCCAUCGUCCUGGCACCCGACUUAGUCCUAGGUCCAUAUCAUAUUGUAUGGCAGCUGCUGAAGAAGAUAAUGUACACCGUGGUCGCUAUACUCCAACCCGUCGUCGGACGGUGUCUACUAGAUAUUCGCAUGAACAACCACGUCGUAGCUCCGACCGUGGCCUCUAAGACUCUCCACGCCCUACGUAACCUAUCCUUCAUCUCCACACGCCAGGGAGCUGGUUCGUUCCAGGUGUAUACCUUUACUUACCUCACCUCCCUCGACAUCAUCACGCGCUAUCCGGACGCCUGCGCCUCUUUCCUCGAAGACACGCAGCCUCCGCCGCCGCAGACGAGCACGGUCCCGUCUCCCGUCGUCCAAGCCCUCACCCUCUUCUACCUCAACACGGCCGAGCACCUCCCGCUGUCGCUCCCGACGCCCGUCUGCGAGCGCCUUAUCAUCGCGCCGGCGUCCGCCUUCCUGUCGCCGACAUCGUCCUGGCUCACGAGCCCGGCCAACAGCCCGCCGUCGGCGCUGACGCUCGAGCUGUUCGAGGCGGCGCACUCGGCCACGCUCGCGACGCUCUCGUGCCCCCAGCACAGCGUCGUCGCCGCCGCGCUCGUGCCCUUCUACGUCGACACCCUGCUCUCCGCCUUCCCCGCGCGCAUCACCCCGCGCCAGUUCCGCCUCGCCUUCCGCACCGUCCUGCAGAUCGCCGCCCCGCCCUACCCGCUCUCGGCCACGCACCCGGAGCUCGCCGAGACCCUGCUCGAGAUGCUGCGGUUCCGCGCGUCGGCCGAGGGCGGGGCGUCGACGCAGCCGCUAGUACACCCGCAGCUGCUGCAGGCCCCGGCGCCCGGACCCGAGGCAGAGGCGGCGGCGGCGACGGGAGGCCCCGUCUCGGAGCAGACGGCGCUAGUGCUAGCGCUGACCGACGCGCUCCCGUACCUGCCGGCGGCGGCGCUGGAGGAGUGGCUGACGCGGGCGGCGGAGGCGGCAACGGGGAUCGCGGACCCGCGCAUGCGCGACGCGGCGCGGCGGCGGCUCUGGGAGGUGCUGGCGGGCGGGGAGAUGGACGUGGAGCGGGCGGCGGUCGGGGUGGCGUGGUGGGGCACGCGCGGCGGCCGCGAGAUGGUGAUGCUGGGGCGCCCCCGGCGCGACGACUUCCUCAUGAGCGGGGCGCUGGCCGGGCGGGAGAGAGAGGAGGCGAACGGCGGAAGGUUGCGGUUGUGAACGGGGACAGGAGACGAGGGCGGGGAGUAAGAAAGGAAGGGAUGAAGGAAGGAAGGGGGAGGUGCUAACGUGUCUAAGG